AUGGCUACAGGAGCAAACGCCACUCCUUUAGGGAAGCUGCACCCCAGCAUUGGCGCUAAACGAGGCUUCGACGCCGGGCCUGGUGCGGGAAACGGGCUGAUGCCUACCCCGGGGCCGCCUGCAGCCUUCCCCCCGCUGCAGGCCUUCCAGCCGCCGAUGUCAGCUGCCUCCUUCCAGCAGUUCAACCCCGCAGGAGGAUUUGCAGCCCAGGUUCCACAGCAGCCGGCUAAUGUAGGAGGACCAGGUUCGUAGACCCGUUAGUAACCGUCAAAACCGUCAGGAUUUAGCGUUAGCCUCUGCUAGCCUGCUAAUGUGGUCCUUAACGGGUCCACACCGGGUCCUGAAAUGGAGACCACCAGAGUCACUGUGAUGCUGAUAGAGGUUAGUUAGUUCAGCGGGGUUAUUCAGAAACUCUUACAGGGGUCAAGUCCUCAGUCUAUUUCUGUCUUUGUUUGUUUGUAUAGAUUCAGUUUUAUUAUUUUAGACUCAGACAGACGGAGCGGGAGGAUUGAUUGUCAAGAUUAGUCGAAAUUCACAUCCCAAACUUCACUGUCUGAGCAUUACACAAGCGGACUAAAGCACGUUGAAGCUAAAAUAAGAUGAUGAAAACUGUAUCUGGUUUACAGGUUGUAGGUCACCUUUUUUUUUGGAGAGGUCUAUGAAAAUCAGAAUCCGUUAACCCACAUCUGGGUAGAUACUACAAGGGUCAGCCUCUUUAAAGCUCAGCUGUGAUUUUGUCAUUUUAACUUCAUAAAGGCUAAUUGUGCUAUUAUGACCUGGUCUGUUGUGGUCUAAGGUUAAAUCUCUCCCUCCAUUUUCACAAAUACAGUGUUAAGAGUCUUGAUUUCUGUUAUUAUACGUCUAGAAAUGAAUUUUGUAUAUUAUUAACCCCAGAACAUCCUCACAUAGAUGUAGUCACACAGGAUUCGUCACAGGUACUUAGUUGGGACUCAUGACUCUGGCUGAUACCACCUGUAGGGACGCCCUAAACAGCUUAACACUUCCUAAUGUCAACACACAAUCUUGUUCAGAUCAAGUCUGUGUUCACAGGUUCAGGAUCAAGAUCUUGUUUCUUUAACCACCCUGUCUGAGACCAGCAAGCAUGUGCGAACCGUGUAGGUUCAUACAGCUUGAACCGUCAAUGGAUGAUGAUCCCUGGUUUCUUUCUGUAGAUUUUGGUUCCAAGAAACAAAGGAAGAAGAGUCGCUGGAGUAGCGAGACGCCGGAUCAGAAGACGGUCAUACCGGGCAUGCCCACUGUCAUUCCCCCCGGCCUGACCCGGGACCAAGAGAGAGCUUAUAUAGGUAAAUAUUCAAGAAUUUUCUGUUCUUGAUUGAUUAUGCCAUGUAAGUUCUAAAUGCAGUUUUGUUUUAUGUAAGGUUCUAGCUUUCUUACACAUCAGUAAAAAUGUUGCACUCACAUCCUGUUUGAUGAAUCCCCAACAGUUAGAGCUGUAAAGGGCACCCAGGAGAUCAAAUUUAACAUUAAAUGAGUUACUCAGACUGGGAUUUGUCUUCAUGCUCCAACUGUUGAGACCAAGAAAGAACUUCUGAUGAUGCUCAGUGAUGAUAAUGUGAUGUCAAAUGUUGACUGAGGUCAUUUCUCUUUUUAAUGGAAGUAAAGUGUUGAUGUGGUCUUUCUGUUUGCAUACCACUGGGCAGCCAUUAGCAAAAAGAGUCGGAGAAAGAUGAUUAAACACCACUGCUUGCUGCUGUCUGUCCCUGAGCUGCAGGUCACUGCUCACUGUCUUGCCUGAUCCCCUGACACAUCAUCAGUAUUGUUCUUGUGCAUGGAGGCGUUUACCCAUAAUGUCCUAAUAUGCUGAAGUGUGCUGCUGUUUAUUCUGCUCAAAGUGUGAGCAAUGCUGCUUCAAUGGCGACCCAACAUAUUCAUCUGAUGAGCAAAAAUGAAAGCUGAAACGUUUAUUUUGGCCUCAAUGAAAUGAUCAUUUUAAAAGAAGGAGAUGUUCCGAGACCAUAAUAUCAGUCUGGACACGUCUGAGGCUAGAUUUAGGAACUGUUUACUGCAGAUUUUUGAUUAAAUACCAACACUUUCACUUUUUUAUGUGGAACUACUUAGUUUUUUAAGACAUUUGCCACCAACUACCUCUGGAAACAUUAGCAGAUUUGUUCACAGAUUAGUUUCUAAUCACCACAUGACAGCUUUUUUUGUAAUAAUGCUUGGCAGUCAGACUAAAAUUAUGAAAAAUAAGACAAAACAACAUAGUUCUACCCACAUUGCCUAUUAUAUAUGAUAUGUUUUCUAUCUACCAUUGUUUGUUAGUACUUUUAAGGAGCCAACACAAGCAAAAAAUAACAGUGUCUGCUGUCUGAACCCAUUUGGGUUGUAGUGAAAAUGACACCAAACCAAAAAGUAAAAUGUAAACACAGCAGGAAAAUAGUGAAAUAGACCAAAGGUAAAGCUACCGGCCUGUUUCAGAAAUCAUCAUAAUGUAUUUCUGUUACUAAAUUGAAACCCUGCAUGGCUCCAAAAGAGACUAACAAGCACCCUGCAACAAGAGCCUUCACACAGCAGCUGUUGAUAACUCAUAUUCACAAAAGCUACGUGAUGCGUGAAGAUUUGAAAGGAAAGAAAUGUUACGAAAUCACAAAGGCUCGCGCCCCAGUAUUAACAUAAGAUUAGUACAGUAGUUAAUAAUUAUAAUAUUGAUGUUGAUUUGAGUCCAUCUUACUCUACACUAACCUGAAAUCAGCUCUUUGAUCUUGACUAGUUGCUGCCUGUGGAUUUCAUUACUCCUUUUUAAAUGGGGGCUGAUAAAUUCAGAUUACAAAGUAAGGUGAUGUCGCCCAAGAGUGUCUCAAAGAUGGUUAUUCUGGCGUUGGAACAUGUCCUUUAAAUGCAAAUUGGGAAAACCUCAUUGAUGUGCUCUGAGGCCAUAUCUGACGGUUGGUUUUGACCUAUGAAUGCCUUCCAGCAGCAGUGUAGCACCACCAUGCUGCCUUCACAGGCCCUCAGCGGGGUGUUCUGAAGCAGACGAGUCCUUUUUUUGUCAAUAACUGACAUCGUUAUUGAUGUUGUUCACUCAUUGGUAAUGGUUGUUGUUCUCUGGUAUGUAAACGUUCAUUUGUGCCCACCUCCUUUCGUCACACUUACUGUUUCCUUUGCUCAUACAGUAGAUCUCUUUUAAAAAAAAGAAAGAAGGGAAGUGUUUCUUUUUAAGAUGUGAAGCACAGUUCACCAGGCCUGUAUUCAUCUCUGUGAUUCAGAGUAAUCCUCUCAGUGAUAAGUGAAGCUCUUUGUGUUUGGGGGGGAAUCUCAUUACAACUUUCAUAAUGUGCAUGGGAUGACUGAUUGAUUUCUCCAUCGCCUUCUUAAUGUCAGAGUUGCCUGUGUCACUGCAGGCCCUCAGUGUUAGAUCUGUGGAGUGCAAAGAGAGACUGUGAUCACCUUUUUUUUGUUUCUGAAACAUGCAGAACAAAUAGAAAAAUCAGUGAUUUUUAGAACCCAUGUGUCCUGAAAAUGCCAAAGCUGAUUUAAAAAAAUCAAAUACUAACAAGGAACUAAAACCACAGCUUGAGUUUGAAUGCUGGGCUGCGUCUUCAGGAACCAUGGUCUAGAUAUCUACUGAUAUGUUGCCAUGUUUAAUCAUUGUCCAAGACAAAAGUUAGUCCUGUUCCUGCUAACGUGAACACCUCUGAAUCUUUGACAUGCUCAGUAAGUGGUUUCAUGCUGUAGAGUUUGACCAGAUGUUUAUUUUUUAUCUCCCUUUAUUUAACAGACUCACCUUUUUUGUCUUUGACCUCAGUAAUGUUUGAGACAUUGCUCUCAUGAACAGAGCGUUGUCUCUCUAAUGUUGUCAUGAUAACCACAUUUCUCUCCAUCCUUGUUUUUCUUUCCUAACCUGAAUUCUUCCAGUCCAACUGCAGAUCGAAGACCUGACUCGUAAACUGCGUACAGGAGACCUGGGAAUCCCUGUUAACCCUGAGGACAGGUCGGAAAAAGAUUAAACCCAUGAACAGUAACACUUUCUCUACCUUUUGACUUUUUGGAAAAACAAAUGUUGAUUUUCAUUAUAUUUGUAUAUGUGUGGUUGUUAGCCUAAUCUGAAGAUUGAUAAGUAGUCUUAGCCAGCAGAUGUAGCAUGUAGUUAGCUAUCUCAUAAGAAGAGGGCAGUGUUGAUUUAAAAUGUUACAUUUUUUUAACCAUUAUUAGAGUUAAAAACUAAAGAGUUUGUCUAUACUGUUCUACACUAAGAGUUUGAACGCUUUACUGCUUAAGGUAGCUGAAGUAUCUUUGAUUUAGUAUUGACAGUAGGUGUAUUUGAAACUUUAUUUUUAAGAAAGGUGAGUAUGGUCAGUAUUUACAUUGAUUCUUGAUUCACAUAAACAGAGUUUUUCCAGUAACUGUGUGACAAUACAACUAUAUUAUAUAUUAGUAAACCUAAAACAGGAAAGCCCUGUCUGCUAUUACUUUCAAUAAACAACAUCUUGUUAGUGUCCCCUAAUCUAUCAAGUUAAUAUAAAACGAUCAACUGAAAUACAAAACUGAAUAACUUUCACAAACAUAUUUAUUCCUCCUGACUGUGGAGCAGUUAGUCUGACUUUCUUGAAAAUAUUAGUCAUCUAAUGGGGAGAGAGUGAGCUUAAACAACUUCAGGAUUUGAGUUUUUUUUUUUUUUUUUAGUUAAUUAUUUACAUUUAAUUGGGCUGGGUGAUAAGCAACAUAAUUUAUGCUUAAUUAUAAGGGAUGUCCCGAUCAGUUCUUAUGGCCCCUGAUCGAGAGUUCAAUUCUUUUUAGCUUUGAGUAUCUGCUGAUAAUGAGUCCUGAUCCCAUACAGAGAUAACCGUAUAAAAUUCUGCAAGGUGUAUAAAAUGACAAUGUAGUAAUAUGACAGCAGUAUGUAUCAAGAAGUGUUGUUUUUGUUGACAAUGGCGUUGACAAAAAUAUUUCUUGAGUAUCAUCGUCAACGAAAACAACACUGAUCUUUUUCGUUGAUGAAAAUAUUUCGACAACGCCCCUUUUUUUCCAAGACGUGACGUUGACGAGCUAAACCUAAGUCUUAGAUGACUAAAAUGUGACGAGACGAAUGUGCGUUUACGUUGAUGAGACUAGACGAAAACGUAAAAGGUGGACGACAAACAGAGUUGCAAAAUUCAUGAGCAUUUUGUCAGUCAAACGCUAAACAUAUAUCCUACAGUGUUGUUUUCGUUGACAAUGUCAUCGUCAACGAAAACAACACAGGUAUCAAGUAUACAAAAGCUCUCACAGACGACAAUAACCUGCAUUUUCUACCACAAAGAUGGACUUCCUGUCUGAAGCCAUGAAUUGAUCCACCUUCUCUGUAAUCUUCCAGGCGUUUUCAUUCUCUCCAGGAUAUUUAUCUCUCCUGUUAAAGUCCAGAGCCAUCUUCUGCUGCCACACUCUAUGCAGCAGGUUUAGUUUUUAGCUGUCGUUUUAUAUUGUCGUACUGAACCCAGCUUUGCUGCUGCCACCCUCCCUCCCCCACAUAUUCGGUAUUCUGCAGACGCUGCUGACAUUUUAGCUCCGGGGUCAGUCAUCCUGAAUUAUUUGCAAGUUGGUCCUCUGGCACAAUUUGAGCUGAGGUUCGGACUGUUGAUUUCAAUGAUCAGGUUAAGAUUAUCAGCUCUAAAUGCAGAUCCUCAAAUAGUUAAAAAAAACAACAACACCCAGAACGGCUGGAAACCUCUGCCGAGAUCAGGAUCGGGACAUCCCUAUUUAUCACAGUCAUGCCUGAUAGGAAUUUAUUCACUGAUUGUUUUUUAUUUUAUUAUUAUUGGCCUUAUUUUUGAAAUGUUUUUCUUUCUUGUGACUAGAGACCGCGCACUUACAGCAUCUAGUAACGUGGUUGUAGUUAUUACAGGAUUAGAGUUCUUUUUAAAUAGAUUUUCAGUUUCAAAUUGUUUUAGAUUAUAAUCAUCAAAUGAUCUGAUGAACAGAUUUAUUACCCAGCGCUUUUUAUUCCCUCAUUUUCCUUCAGAUCUUAACUCUAUGUUUCUAUGUGACAAAGCAGAAAACAGAGUUAUUCAUUAUUAUAAUAAUGAUAAUUUAACUGUAAGGCAGAAAAAGAGACAUGCAUUAGAGUUAGCCUCGGCGCAGUUUCACUCAGUUUAAUCAGUUUCUUUCAGUGAAACUGCUCACUCGUGUUUUCAUACCUUUUUAUUGUCUGAUUAUUUCUCAUUUGACUCCAGAGUUCAGUGAGUUUUUAGCUUCAGCUGUUCAUCCCUCAUGGUUUCACUGACUGUUCUUUCUGGGGUCUAACAUGAACACAUGAAUACACUGAUGAUGCAGAGGGUUUAAAAUGUUCCUCUCAAACAGGUUUUAGUUUAAUCCACCUCAGUUUAUCUCUGAUUUUUUUUCAUCUUUAGCUCUGGUUCUUUGACUGUCUUUCAGCUUUAAGGAUAAAAUAGCUCGGAUUAAUCGGCUCUCUUGGACACAAACUUUUUUUAACUAAAGGUUGAACGAAAUCCCAUCAGUUCAUGUUUCAUUUCCAGGGUGUUCUGUAGCUCUUAACCUGUGAUAAGUCAGCCCAAAGCUUACAGGAUCACCAUCAGAUAUCAGUUAAAGUUUCAUUUUGAAUCUCAAUGAUUUGCUGCUGGUUACAGCUGUUUUUUUCCCAUCAUGUGGCUUAAACAUUUCCACCCAGGGGGGGUUUGUUCCCGUUCUCCCUCUGGACUCUUUAGGUCUGGAAGAAAAUGUCCAGAAUGGUAUGUGUUCUGGAAAAACAGCUCUUAUAUUCUAGUGUCCCUAAGGAUCUGAUCCAACAGGAAGUCUGUAACCUCUUUAGCUAGAGUCCCUGUUGUCUGUGUACAGUUUCUCUGCAUAAUCAGACAUUUCCACAGCAACUCAAAAGUUGACAAACCUCUCCCCGAUCUAAUGUGACACGACCAGCAGGCCAGGGGUGUUUCAGGUUGUCACCGUUGGAAGUUUGAAAGGAAAAACUUUUUUUUUUCUUCACAUCACAUGGAUACAGAUGUGGCUCUCUGCUGGGAGAGCGUAGGAAAAGGUGGAUAAUCUAAUCUCAAUUCCUUUUCUCUAACCCAAAUUACCCCACAUCAGCUAACCCUUUUUCAAGCACAGAGCCUCCUUAACGCAGCAACACAGGUUUUCAGCAUCUGAGGGGAGGUACGGACCUCUCCCGCCACGUCAACACCAAGCGACCCUCACAGCCAGCGUUCUGCUUAGGACUGGUUCUUUUUCUUACCUCCAACUUUCCUCCUGUAGGCCAACAAUCCUGUAUGCAGGUUUAGUCAUGGCCGUGUAUUUGUAUUUUUUUUUCAUUCUGUGUGGUUGAUGCCUCCAGAGAAUUGGGUUUAUUACCACUGAACAGCUUUGGCUGUCCCCCUUUUUUUCUCUUAACUGUUAAAAAAAAAAGAAGGACUCUAGCCUUUCAGAUGGCAGUGCUGAGUUCCUACUUAACUUCCUUUCUGCACUGGCCAAAAGUCACAUAGCUUAACUGAGAGUCUUCUCAGUUCAUCCAAAUUUGUGAGCAUUUUUUCAAUUUUACAGUCAGCGCCUAUUGAUUCAAACAUCCCCACUGAACAAUUGUCAAAGUAUUAGUUAGCCAUAGGGAGCCUGUAUGACUGUUGAAAGCAGAACUCCACUUCCAGAAAGAUAUCCAUGAUGUCCUCUCUGUUUUUUUGUCGUCCGGUUUCAGGUCCCCCUCACCGGAGCCCAUUUACAACAGCGAGGGGAAGAGGCUGAACACCCGUGAGUACCGCACACGAAAGAAGAUCGAGGAGGAGCGCCACUCCCUCAUCACUGAGAUGGUCGGAUUGAACCCCGACUUCAAGCCUCCUGCAGACUACAAGUAUGCUUUGUUGAUAAAACUCCACUGUCACCUCCUAAUGUAUCAUGGGUAUAACAAGAUGUGGCAAUGCUCCGGUAUAUGGCUCCAUCCAGCAGUAGUGAAAUAAGCAGCAAAGGCUGUCACUGACAGAUUCUGGUCGUUUCAAGUGUCUGACAACCUUACAGAAAGAAACCCUGCAGAGAGACAGAGAACCUUUAACACACCUGAUUCAAAUGAUCAGCUUGUUAUCAAGCUCUGUAGUGGCUUAAUAACGAGCUGAUCAUUUGAAUCAGGUGUGUUGGAGCAAGGAAACAUCCAAAACAUGCAGGACAGUGGGCCUCGAGGACUGGACUUGAGAACCACUGCAUUGGGCCAAUUGUCAGGGGACCUGAUCUAGAAUAUUCUUCAGUAUGGGGACCAAUACCGAAAUCAAAUAUUGGAUCGGUGCAUCCCUAGUGUGUACUAAGGUACUAACAAAGUACCAAGGAGUAGGAGUGAUGUUGACCGUGUGGUAGUAUUUUUCAUUACAGCCCGAAGAAGUACAUUGCAGCUGAGUGCAAAACUUGUCAUGCACAAGUUUGACCUGAAAAAGAAGUUUCAGUGAUCUUCAGUGUUCAGGUUCUGUGUAACUCCAGGUCAAUGUCUAAUGUUUUAAUGCAGUAGAAGAAGAAUAAGGGAUGUCUAUUGUGCAGUAAUGAAUGUAAUCAAAUAUUAAUAAAGAUGCUUUUACAGUCAACAAAGAGCUUUUUGUAGCUUACUGUAAGUGCUCACCUUGUGUUUGUUUCCCGCAGACCUCCAGCAACCAGAGUCAACGACAAAGUGAUGAUCCCUCAAGAUGAAUACCCAGAAAUCAACUUUGUCGGUCUUCUGAUUGGACCACGGUAAGUCUAACUUUCACUUAACUAACGUGUUUCAUCUUCACGCUGUUUUUAAAGCUGACAGAUUUCACGUUUGCGUUUCUCUCAGCGGUAACACCCUGAAAAACAUUGAGAAGGAGUGCUGUGCCAAGAUCAUGAUCCGGGGGAAAGGGUCCGUGAAGGAGGGGAAGGUCGGCCGAAAGGAUGGACAGAUGCUGCCAGGGGAGGACGAGCCGCUGCACGCCCUCGUCACCGCCAACACAAUGGAGAAUGUCAAGAAAGCCGUGGAGCAGGUCAGACCAACUCAGCUGGUCUCAUGCUUCUUAUUCCUGCUGUGUGCAAUUUGUUAAUAAUGGAUGUUCUGUGUCUACAGAUUCGCAACAUCCUGAAACAAGGCAUUGAGACCCCAGAGGAUCAGAACGACCUGAGGAAGAUGCAGCUUAGGGAGCUCGCCAGACUGAAUGGCACGCUGAGAGAAGACGACAACAGGUCAGUGUGACAGGACGACUUCUGAAAAGAUGACGAUUCACGCCUUUUAGACCAGAAAAUCAGGACUCCACUCAUUCUAUUACUCCAGUAUCUGCACUUCAAUGCUAUAGCUGGGAUGUAUUUUACAGAAUGAGGCAGAUUGGCCAGACUUGAAGACCAGGACAAUAAAGAGUUUGAAUUUUGUGAGAUUUGAGAACAAAGGUCACUUCUCUUGCAGAGGCCCAUUAUUACUCAUGACCCAUUACUACCCAUCAUUGCACAGACACUGUCAACAAUGGUCAAUGACUGCUGCUUCUUUCCAGAGGUCAUGAACCCCAAAGUGAAGCUGCUGUGUCUCUGUUGAGCUGUGAGGAAUUGCUCCAGGGUCAGUGGUUGCAGACAGAGUCUACUUUAGCCUCCCCCUCCUGUUUUCAUUUGGGGUAGUAGGUCUGUAAAGUCGAGUGUUCUUCAAAGAGAUGCCUUUUGAACACAUUGGUUUCAUAUUUAAAGUUGGUGGAAGAACAGAUUAGAUUGGGCAGUGCAGGUGGAGGAAACUGUCUUCACUGUACGUUUUUCACCUUACUGGGGAAAACAACAUUUCUAAAAGUGCGGCUACUGAGCACGCUCUAAAUCAGUGGUUCUUAAGUCCAGUCCUCGAGGCCCACUGUCCUGCAUGUUUAUGAUGUUUCCUUGCUCCAACACACCUGAUUCAAAUGAUCAGCUCGUUAUCAAGCUCUGUAAUGGCUUAAUAACGAGCUGAUCAUUUGAAUCAGGUGUGUUGGAGCAGGGAAACAUCCAAAACAUGCAGGACAGUGGGCCUCGAGGACUGAACUUAAGAACCACUGCUCUAAAUGUUAUGAACUGAACUACUUCUGUUGUUGUGCCAGAGACAGGAAUUAGAUUAGGAAUUAGUUAGAUCCAUGUUCACUGCUUCGAUCAGGGCCCUCUUAGAGGUUCAUCUGCAGACAACCUGCAGAUUAGUCUAGUGAUGCACUUCCUCCCUCUGAUUUUUGAACUUCACAGAUAAGCUGACUGAGCUUCUGCAAACUUUUUAUUUAGAGUAAAAGAGAAAUCCGAUGACUGAAAGCCUUUUUAUGAUGAAUAAUUCAGUAAAUGGUGACAGGUGUGUGACCUGAAACAGCAAGAACUAUUUUGAGGUGAUGUGUUUAAUGACUAGACAGCAUCUGGCUUUAAUGUAACUCCAGUGAAACCAGGGGCCAGCUUAGGUUUAGAUAAGAGGCCAGACCUGCAGUGUGACAGGUGUGAAGAAGGUGGAGAUCAGAAGUCUCUAAAGCUCCAACACCACUGAGGACAGACUGAUGGAUUUUGUUUUGCUGUCUCUGCAGGAUCCUUCGUCCCUGGCAGAACACUGAACCUCGCAGCAUCACCAACACCACCCUGUGCACCAAGUGUGGAGGAGCUGGACACAUCUCCUCUGACUGUAAAUACACCAGGUGAGGCCGGGAAUCAGUUUGUUCACUCUGAGCUUGAACGUGUUUGAUCUGUCAUGUGAUGAUGUUUGUUUUUCUCGUCUGUGCAGCUCCUUUGCUGCCCACAGAGCGACCGGCGGAGAGCCCCCUCAGUCGGCUCAGGACAAAGCUCGCAUGGACAAGGAGUAUCUGUCCCUAAUGGCCGAGCUGGGGGAGGCUCCUGUCCCCGCAUCAGGGGGAGGACACACCAGCACCCAGGGAGGAGCACCCCGGGCGGCAGGACCCACCAGCAACCAGCCGCCACCGGUUAGUCCGCAGCAACUUUACAGUCACUCGCUCUCCUCUGUUUCUGUUUCUGUGUUUGAAUAAACCUCCUCAUGAACGUGUCUCUGCAGAACCGACCCCCCUGGAUGAGCUCCGGGCCCACUGAGAACAGGAACUUCCACAGCAUGCAUGGAGGACCAGGAGGGCAUGGAGGACCACACAGCUACCCUCCACCCAUGCCAAACAUGGGAGGUCCCCCCAUGCCACCCAAUCCUAACGGAAUGCCUCCCCCAUGGAUGCAGCCCCCUCCUCCCCCAAUGGGCCAAGGACCAGGACCUCAUGGACACCCCAUGGGUAAGAAGAAGGUUUUCCUCAGCUAGAUGACCCUGCAGUUAGGGAUCAUCUUAAAUCUGCUGUAGUUAGUUCCUGCAGAAACACAGUAAACUGGAGUGGAAUAAAGAGUGUGGAGCCGCUGAGAUAAAAAAAAAAGAAAACAAAUAAUCUUCCACAUGAACCAGAGCUCGAAUGUUUGUCUUUUGUUCUCCUCGCAGGACUACUGCCUCCUCCAAUGGGCAUGAUGCCACCUCCCCCUCCUCCCCCCAGCAACCAGCCCCCUCCGCCACCUUCUGGACCUCUGCCACCAUGGCAACAGCAAGCUCCACCCCCACCUCCAACCAGCAGCAUGGCAACCAGUACACCGCUGCCAUGGCAACAAAGUAAGAUCACAUAAAAGCCGUACACGGGGAACCCUCAACUCCAGAAUCGACACACUGGUCUGAGAGAACACGAUGUUCCAGAGAGGAAAACACAGUUGACUCAGGAGGAGGGGCAGAUUUUAGUGGAUUGUUGAUACUGUACAUUAUUAUAUAACCUGUAUGUUUUAAUCAGUCAUCAGCGCCUUCAUUUGUUAUUCACCUUUGUAGUUCAGAUUUGAGAGUCCUGCGAAAAUUAAAUCCAGGUCAUGUUGUUUCUUUUCUGUUUGUCUUUGAUUAAAAGAAGGUGUUGCAUUUGGACGGUGGCUCUGAACGUUCACGGCUUAAUUGUACUUGUAAUUUCACUGUCUGUUCACUAAUGGCAGUGAGUGAUGGAAUGAAAUCAGACAGGAUCAUCUUUCACACUUCUAAUGUAUUAGCCCUGAGAUACACUCAAACUGCAGAGUCCCGAAAAGUAUUUAAAGCCACAGGAAUCAUUUUAUGAACAAAGGAACAAAUUUAUCCUUGAACACUAUCCCAGAAUUGAUUAAUCAGUGAAGAAAUCUGAUUGGUUUUCUCCUCUCUCUUCUCUCCCUCUGCAGAUACCACCACCACGUCCAGCCCUGGCACCGCCACCCUGCCUCCGUGGCAGCAGCCCCAGCAGCCCGCAGCCUCCGGAGCCCAGCCCCCUCCACCCAUGGGAACUCCCUCCAUGGUGCCGCCUCCUCCUGGAGUCCAGCCGCCGCUGCCACCUGGAGCCCCUCCUCCUCCCCCUCCGCCUCCCCCGGGCUCAACGGGCAUGAUGUACGCCCCUCCUCCUCCCCCACCUCCCAUGGACCCUUCCAACUUUGUCACCAUGAUGGGGAUGGGGGUGCCGGGCAUGCCCCCCUUUGGCAUGCCUCCCGCCCCCCCACCUCCUCCCCCUCAGAAUUAG